UCCUCAGGUCUAAGAAAGAAGAAGAAGAAGAAAAAGGUUGAGAAAUCACAGCCCUUUAAAUUCUUCCGGCUGCUUUCGUGAUCUUUCUCACUCUCCCACUCUCCAUCAUGGACAUGAGAAAGAUCUCCUGCGCUGUCAUCAUCGCUGCUGCCUCAGCUACCGCAGUCCUUGCUGCCGAGGAGAAUUUGGCCCCUGCGCCCGGGCCUGCCAUGCACAGCGGGUCCGCCAUGGUCGCACCUACCCUCGGGCUGGUCGGGGCCUCGAUCCUGUCCUUCUUCGCCUUUUACAUGCAGUAGACCUCACGAGAAAAAGAAAGAAAGAAGACUCUCAAAGGAAGGAAUAAGAAGAAAAAUGAAUGCUGGUUGGAUUUGUCUUUACAUUUUUCAUUUUCUUCUUUUGUUGGGUUGGUUUGUAUUGUCCAUCGUCGGAUCCAAUUCAGAUCCGUUUGUUUUGUGAUGAACGUCGAUGCGAUAAAGAAACUUUUUUUCUAUAAA